UUCUGUCCUCUGGGUUUUCCUUAAACUUGGAUGCUCAUUUAUUUUAACGUCCAUGAAGAGAAACGCCACACUGUAAAUCUGUUGCCAAUUUUAAAUCCCUACUCUUUGGCACAGGUGUAUGUAGGUUUCAUUCACCACCCUCAUGCACACAGAACUGAUAGUUGUGACAACUUUUUAUGCUGAUUUCCUGUGGUAUCGCACCUUCUAAUGCUAAAAACUUCCCAUUUCUCAGGAGCCAAUUUAUGGUGAUCUACAGUUGCCCUGUCCACAUCUAAUCGGGAAAGUGAGGUGCAGUAGACUGCAUUGGGUAUUAGUAUCAUUCCGUGCUUCAGUGGCCAUUUAUAGUCAUUUUUAUAUGAUACUCCCAGCCAAUUUCCUUUUGACAAAAGAGAUCAUUUCACUCCUGCACACAAUGGAAAAUUUAUUUUAUUGUACCUUUGGGCCUACUUCUCUUAAAAGUGUAGUGUACAAAUCUUUCUUUGUCAAGCCUGAACUACUGUAUAUAAAGGAAAUAAUGUAAAGUUAUAUUUUCAUGUUUUUAUACUUACCAACAUGAUGAGAAUACAUAAUGUAUGGGUAUUUCAAUAUUUCAAUUGCCAAUAAUGUUGACUGGGUUAUAGACAUCUCAAUUUUUUUUUUGAAAAAAAAGGUAAUCAUAAUUUAAUAUCCAUGUUACAGUACACCAGUAUAUUGCUAUAUAAAGUAUUCUGUGUGCAUUUAAGUGGAAACAAUAGUGAAGAAUGAUGACAGCUGUCUAGGGGUUUUUAAAAUUCAUUUUAUAGGAAACUGUUAUGGAACAACCAAAAUGUUUUGAACUAAUUCUUGUGUAAAUUUCAAAAUGUCCUUUACUGUACCCUUUUGUUUACACAGUAUAUGGUAUCUUUAUUUCUGCUUUGUUAAGUGGGUAUCAGUACAAAGCUGGUCAUUCACUUUUAAAGGCUUGUAAAGCCAGAAUCAUUUCCAGUUUUUCAUGUGUACUUAUAUGAAAGAAAGAAAGAAAAACCCGCUUCUGAUUUAUUUUUAAAUCUAACACAUGAUGGCUUUUCUGAAGUGUUGUACAAACUUCAAUCAUACAUAAAAUUUUGUUCUUUUUUAAAAAGGCAAAUUAUUAUUAA